AUGUACCUCAGGACCCCCUCUGCCCCUCACCGAGGCCCAAGCUGCAGUGCCCAGGCCCCCCACCGGAAGUGCCAGCAGUGGCACUGGUAUGUCCCUGCAGAGCCCAGCUUGGAGCCCUGGAAGGAGGCCCUGGUGCGGCCACUGAGCAGCUGCAGCAGUGGGGACUGGGGCUGGGACGUGGCCAGUGACCAGUCCUCUCCAUCUACACCGUCGCCCCCGCUGCCUCCUGAGGCAGCCCACUUCCUGUUCGGGGAGCCCGCCCUGAGGAAGAGGAAGAGCUCGCUGCAGGUCCUGUUCCAGUGUCUGUGGAAGCGCUGCGGGAAGGUGCUGAGCACGGCCUCUGGGAUGCAGAGACACAUCCGCCUGGUGCACCUGGGGCGGCAGGCCGAGCCCGAGCAGAGUGAUGGUGAGGAGGACUUCUACUACACAGAGCUGGACGUCGGCAUGGACUCGCUGACCGAGGGGCUGUUCAGCCUGACCCCGGGGUCCCCCACGGCCUCCAUACCACCCUCCUUCCCCCGCCUGGAGCUGCUGGAGCCCCCGGAGCCCCCAGCCCUGCCCACUCUGCUGCACCCACUGGCCCUGCCCCCACCCCCAGUGCUGAGCUCUGCAGCAUCCCCCCAGGUGUGCCACAGUGACCAUGCCUACCAGGGCUGCCAGGCACCCACCCUGCUGGAGCCACAGCCCACCCCAGCCCUGCCCGCCAAGCUUGGUGCCAGUCUAAGGAAGCCCCGAGGUGAUGCCAAGAAGUGCCGGAAGGUGUACGGCAUGGACCAUCGGGACCUGUGGUGCACAGCCUGCCGCUGGAAGAAGGCCUGCCAGCGCUUCCUGGACUGAGCCCCCCCACACCGAGGCCUUUCCUAGCUGCAGGGUUUUCUAACUAGGGGGGCCCCCACCAUUCAAAGUGCCUCUGAAGAAACCAGCCUUUUGCACUAAAGCCAAACCUCACAGCUGUCCCCUUGGCCCAGGAUCCCCAGGGGUGGCCGCCCCUGCCUGUCGGCCCUGGACUUGUCAGGGGUGUGAUGAGCCCAGCUUUGUGGCCACGUGGGGCCCAGUCCUCAAUGCACUUUGAGGGGGUGUUGGGGAGGGGGCUCCCCCACCUGCACUUAACCUGACCAUUUGAGGGCCUGGGAUGGACAUUUGUACCGUGUUUUCAAAGCUCAGGUGUCUCAAGUCUGGGCCGAACCAGGCGAGAAGAAAAAUUAAAGAUUUGGGGUUUUUCCAAAA